UAAAUCUCAACAACGCUGUAAGGAUGGCAGACGAAGAAGUUAACUAUGCCUCAGUCACAUUCAACACCAAGAAACUAUCCCGAUCACAAGUUAAAAAAGAGGAGGAAACCAUUUAUGAUGAUGUGAAAGUGAAAUAUAAAGCAACGGAACAAACUCCUGACACAAACAACUUCUCGAUUGACGAGAGAUCAGGCAGUAGACGUCAUCACUAUGAGCAGUUGGCCUGUUGUUUGGGCACAUUUUGUGUCAUUUUGGUGUUGGGCAUCAUAGCAGUCACAGUAUACCAAAAACAGGUGAUGAACCUGACUGCAGAAAACCACAGCCUUAGAGAGAAAAAUGAGCAGUUGGAGGCUCAGAAUAAGGAGCUGGAGACAGAGAAGGAAAAUCUAACAGAACAAAUACGUGACAUAAUGAUAUCAUGGAACGAGCUCAAUAUUAGUCGAGCUCAGUGGAGCAUUGAUGCCUACUGUCCCAAAGAAAAUAACAACAGAAAAUGUAACCCUUGUCAGGCUGGCUGGAUAUAUGCUGAGCCCAGCUGCUAUGCAGUUAAUGAUGCUGACCGUGAUCAAUGGAAAACCUGGGAAGCAGCUCGAGAAGACUGCAGAGGAAAGAGUUCCGAUUUGGUUGUUGUGAUUAAUGAAAAAGAAAAGAAAACUGUCAGUGAAAAGAGUUGGACAUAUGAUGAAAACAAAGGAUACUGGAUUGGUCUGAGAGUUGAAGAUGGGAAAUGGAAAUGGUUGGAUGGAAGAAAUAUGACUAAUAGCUCCUGGAUCGACCAGCCUCCUUCUGCUGGUCACUGUGCAGUCUCUGUCCAAAACCAAGGAUUUAAAUCAGUGAGCUGUAAUGAGAAGAACCGAUGGAUCUGCAAGAAGAAAGCUGUAAUUGUUUGAAUACUGCAGUAAAAAUAUCAUGACUGGUGGAGAUUCUAAAUACAAAAAACACAAUGAUAUUACUAUUAAUGAAAUCUUUAAAUAGAAUUUUAAAAAAAAAUGAGUUUAAUUAAAACAUGUAGACACAAAAAAAGUUUAACAAAACUGUACUGAUUUUGUUUGACCAGCAGAGGGCGAUGCAUUACUUCCCAUCAAAGACAGUGGUUGUCUAAAGUAUCUGUAUUCUGGCAUUUCUAUAUUUAAGUGACAAUUAUUGUUGUAAAAAAAAAAAAAAUCAACCAACCAACCAAAGAAACAAACAAACAGUACUGAACAAAAUCAGCUGAACUUCCUGUUCUUCGCUGUUGUUCAAUGGCAGAUCUUGACAGUGUGACUGAUGGCGGAAGUCUAAAUGUAGUGCCGGCUCUCCCCCUUCCUCAUCUGAAUGUUGUUCUUAACUUGA